CACUCAUUAGACAUGCGGGAUGAAGACAUUGGUUUGCGCACUGGUCACAGUAAAAACCUGGAGAGCCCUGUAAAGGUGCCAGACGCUUUCCUGAUAGAAGAGGCGGACUUCUGCCGGCGGCGUCCUCGCCUGCAGGUGAUCGCCUACGUCCACUCGGCCAUCAGCCGCGUGCAAGAGAGGCAGGAGACCCGCUCCACCUGGGCCAACGCCACGGCGUCUGGCCUCGGCGUGGACAUCGCCGCCGUGUUCAUGGUGGGACGAGCCAAGGACGAGAGGGAGAGGCAGAUUGUUCAGGAGGAAAGUCAGCGGUACCAUGACAUCGUCCAGGGCGAUUACGUGGAUCAUUACCGUCAGCUGUCGCUGAAGGCGCUGUCGUCUCUUGCCUGGGUACAGCACCACUGCCCUCAGGUUCCCUGGACGCUGCACGCAGACGACGAUGUUUUCAUUGACGUUUUCUUGAUGAAAGGCAUCUUGCAAGAUUUCCGAGCAGAGACUACGGAGGCGUUUUUGUGCAACAGCGAAUGGAGCCGGACGCAGCGCUCGGGGCGGUGGGCCGUCUCCCACGACGAUUUCCGCAAUGACGAGUACCCAGUGUUCUGCAGCGGCGCCGCCUGGGUCCUGCCGACUCGACAUCUGUCGGGGCUUCUGAGAGCGUCCCAGACGGCGCCCUUCCUGUGGGUAGACGAUGUUUACAUCACCGGAAUUUUGGCUAGGCAUGCCGGCGUCACGCAUCUCGGGACGGGUUACAAGGCCAAGCAUAUCCAGCCCUCAGAUGUUGGAGAUGUUAUGGUUUGGUAUAAUGUAAAAGAGGACAGAAAAAAAUGGUGGAGAAAAUUAACACGUUUCUAUAUGAAGACAUCAAAGAAAGGGUAAAAUCAGUGUAUACAUUAUGGUAUGUUCAGCAACAUCGUUAAGCCCUUAAUGGCUGUUAAAGUGUCUAUAUAAUCCCUGAUAUUCAACUUUGCUCAAUGCAACGCUAUUAUCAUAUACUAGGUGCAAUAAGCUGGGAGCUGGCAGUCACUGAGACGCGUUUAGUCUUCGUGAUAUAUUUAUGAUAAAGUGACAAAUAAAUGUGACCUUUUUCAUUUGUUUUAACCUGUACCUUAUUCAAUAAUGUGAACAGUCUAUCAGAACUCCAGAGCUCAAUCAAAAAAAAAAAUACUGAAAUAACACUUUACUCUCCCGUAUCUGAUGAACAGAGCGCUUGCAGGAGCUCAGACACCUCCCCUACCCCCUUGUAUGGACCUCAGAAUAUACAGACGAAAGCAGGAAGAGAUGUAUGAAAUACAUAAAUAAAAACGUCAACACGAAGCAGAAAGUCAG